AUGAAAUAAGCGAUUUAAAAUGAAUUUGAUUUUGAUUGUGCUUAAUAGCAUAAACUUCCUAUAUGUGCUAUAAUAUAGGAUCCAAAUUUAAAUGUUAUAGAUAGACUGUUAUGCCAAUAAUGCAUAAUAGAUCUAGAUAAAGAUAAAAGUGUUUUAGGUUGGAGAAAAGUUCAAGAGAAGGUUCAAUCUCAUAUAAAUGAAAAGUAACGAAUUAAUUCACAACUUAUUUCUCUCAUUUUACCGUUGGUGAAACAGGUGAAAAGUAAUAUUGAACUUUUAAAGGACACCAUCAUGAAAGAAUUUAUAAUUUUAGAGGGAAUGAUAGAGGAAUGGCAAGUAAGAUUGUAAAAGGAAGUGAAAUUAUUAGAAAGUCAAUAAUUUAUUAAAGAACUGGAAUAUGUUUUUGGAAAUUUAGAAAUAGAAGUCAGUUUGGAUGAAACAAUAAAAAGAGACUUGAAAAAAAUCAACUCUAAUUACAUUUCUUAGGUUUAAUCAAAAUUAACAUUCUUUAAUGAGUUCGAUUAAUAAAAAAUAUGCAACACAGUUCUAAAUUCUAUUAAGAAAGAAGAAUUUCAAUCAUAAAUAAAUAAAAAAAUUGAUGUGAAUUCUAAUGGACUAGAUAAAAAGAAUAAAUAUUAUAAAAAAAAUAAUUGGCAUCUCAAAGAAGUGUAAGAAGAUGAACUACACUUCAUCUGA